AAUAAAUUAAUAAUGUCUGCCCAUCAACUCGGAGAAUUUGUGCUCGUAAUUGGAGACCUGAAUAUCCCUCACAGAGAGAUUGAGAUUCCAGAUAAGUUCAAGGACCUUUUGUUGCCAAACAAAAUGCAGUAUGUGCUCUGCCCAGGAAACUUCGGAUCUAAAGAAACAAUGGAAUGGUUGCAAUCACUUGGCUCUGCCAAGUCUAACUCUCACUUUGUUAAGGGAGAUUUUGAUGAGGUCACAACACUUCCAGAGACAAAGACUGUCCAGAUUGGUAACUUCAAGAUUGGCUUAAUUCAUGGCCAUCAGGUUGUUCCAUGGGGAGACCUUGAGUCUUUAUCCUCUGUACAAAGAGAGCUGGACUGUGAUAUUUUGGUCAGUGGGCAAACUCAUAAGAACCAGAUAUCGACAUACGAUGGAAAAUACUUCAUCAACCCAGGAUCAGCUACAGGAUGCUAUUCUGCUCUAAAUUCUAGCAGCACUGCUAGUUUCAUCCUGAUGGCUGUCCAGGGCGACAACGUUACUGCCUUUAUCUACGAGACUAAAGGAGAGGACUUCAAUGUGUCCAGAAUUGACUUCACUAAGAACGGAGAGAGCCACAAGGUCGAAGCUGAGGUAAAACCUUCUGAAGAAACAAAGGACGAUGAUGAUGAUGAAUAA